ACACACACACCAAAGAACUAUAUUAUUUUCUUCCGAUGGUGAACCGCCUUUUUUCCGUUCCUCUUUUUUUUUCCCCUUCCCUUUUUGGCAAAUAGAGGACAGGAAAAGAAGACAAAGAAGAGGAAGCAGAAGAACGGCGGAGACCCAAGCGGGAGAUGAAAGCUCAGGCAGGACAGAGAGAAACGCAGAAAUAUUGACACGGUUUGACAGGGUCGGAAGGACUGAUGGAGACGUGAGGAUGGGUGGAUGAACGGAUGGGUGGAUGGGUGGACGGAUGGAUGACACAGAGAGACACGUCUAGAAUAUUUCCAGCACGACUGUUGUUGUGAGCAAAAGAAAAGAGAGGCAGAGAAACAGAGAGUGAGAAAAAGGAAGAAAGGAAGAAAGAAAGAAAGAGAAAGAAAGAAAAAGAAAGAAAGAAAGAAAGAAAGAAAUGGGAUAGAGUGGAUAACAAAGCAAAAGGGAGAGACCCACGCAGAAACCUGGCCAUUGUCCACUCCAUCCUUCUUGGUGUGACUCUCAACUCUCCAAAGUUGUUCCCUAAUGUCGGGACGGGCAGUGCGAGCAGAGACAAGGAGCAGGGCAAAAGAUGACAUCAAGAAAGUGAUGGCAGCUAUCGAACAUGUCCGCAGAUGGGAAAAGCGGUGGGUGACUGUGGGAGACACAUCCCUACGGAUCUACAAGUGGGUACCAAUUGUGGACCCCCGAGACGAGGAGAAAAGGCGGCUGGCAAGCAGCAGUGAGCAGCAGAGGACUAAAGAGAGAAGAGCCCGGAUGCCCAGCCCACGAAGCAACCCUGCCCUGCUCAUGUUGGACCUCAAUGAUGAGAACAGCAACCAGAGUUCACUCUCAGAGACCUCCUUACUGAAAGGGGGAGACACCAGCCCCACUCCCACCCCUGACCGCAGCCAGACUGUGACGCCCACCCUGCUGGGGGAGCUGAAGGCCGAGGACUCACAGCCCCCCUUGCUGGGGCAGGAAGGAGAUUCGGGAGUGCUCCUGCUGGAGGGAACAGAUGAGCCCCCUAUGCUUACCAAGGAAGAGCCAAAUCCCAAGACAGCAGAUGCCCAGGUGCAGGAGUCAGGAGGCCCCCUGAAGCCUGAAAAGGCCUUUGAAGAAGAACCCACACCGGAGGCCAAAGAACUGCGCUUGCUGGGAGCUCCACCACUGAAACGCAUCCGUACUGAGGCACAGGAUUCAGAGUCCAGCAAACCCUCCGAGGCUUAAGCACAGGCCUGCUUCCCUCCCCAUCUCCUCUGGUGGGAUACCUGUCUGGGGGGAUUUGCUGGGAAGAAUAGAUUAACAGAAUGUUAGCUAAAAUAUGCUACAGGCCAGCCAGCUCCUUGGCCCUUCCCCUCUGCCUGGGAAUUGCCACCAUUUCCCUGUAUCUGUUGCCCCCUAGUGGAGGCACACUGUAAACACAUGACUAGUAAAGAAGCAUGGUGUCAGCCAUGGCUCUCUGGAGAUGCCAUGUUUGUUUACAUUCAUUUGUCAUGGUUUUCUACUCUCUGCAUGCAUGCUUUGCGGUAUUAAAAAGAAAUGGUGGAGAGUGGAGCGUGAGCAGCUACCGUAAGAAGCAGAGAAAAGUGCGGGGACAAUGGUGAUGAGAGGGAGACUUUGAGGGGCAGUUUGAGAGGAAGUCUGGCCUUCCUAAAAUGUGCUGUAGGCUAUCUAUUGAAGAAAUCUUCAAUCACACUGUGGGCUGGUUCAGACGUCACGUGGAACCUCGAUUAUUGCUGGGCUCCGCAUGAAUUCCCUGAGUCUCUGAAACAUGUGCUCUCCUUUCCCAUUUCUGUGUCGGUGUCUACUUCUUAUCUCGGUUCAAAUAAGCUGAGAUUGUCUGUGCCAUCUGAAACCACCAAUCUUGGUUUAUUCUAACCUACUUUCUUCAAAUAACCCCAGAUCUGUAUCCAAGUGAGACAGAUUUCAAGUUAUUUGAAGCAAGUAGGUUAGAAUAAGACAAGACUGGUAAGUCUGGAUGACACGACCAAUCUCGGCUUAUUUGAACCUAGAUAGGAAGUAGAUGCUUACAUGGGGAUAGGGGAGGGGAAUUUUAAGGGACGUCACGCGGAGCCUGGCUCUAACUCAGGAUCCAUGUGGCAUCUGAACUAGGCCUGUGGGAGAGAGGGAUGCAGAAGCACACUUUUCAAAUGAAAAAGGACCAAAGGGUUGGUUACCCCCUACCCCCUCCGCCCCAAAGUGUGUUACAAAAGGCACAAGGUUCCCAGGUUCUGUUGUCCACCCUAGCUCUGAGAGCGGAGGGACAUCCAGGGAGUUAAGAGCAAGGCUGCGUUCACUCCAAAUUCAGAACUGAUAUUCUGCAAACAGAGCAAAUACGCACCUUAAAUAUAUGUGCUUAGUUUUGCAUAUUGUAUUGUUUCCAUGAUUUAAAGGACGAGAGAGGGACAUGGAGCCGUUUUCAGAAUUUCCUUCAGAAUCAUGAGGCCUAGAAACAUUUUUUUAAAAAGUGGCAGCUUGGGAUGCCAAAUCCCUCUGCGGUUUGCAAGGACACAGGAUAUUUGGAGCUCUGAUUAGAUGAGGAAUGAAGCACAAAUGAGUAAGAUAAGUUAUGGAGCUCAAGUCACAUGCAAGUUAUACUCUUCAUCCUGAAAGGCCUUUUGCUUAAUCCCAGAUCUGCGCUUUUGGCUGCUUAGUAGGAAGGAGAAAGAAACACGCUCUCCACAUAUCCAGAACUAUUCUCUGUAUUAAUCAUGUUAGCUCUAUUCAGACAUUAUGUUGUACCUGCGUUCAGAUGUCCGUAUCCUUGUACAUGUCUUUGUGUGAGUGGCUGCACCUGCGUUCAUUGUAAAAAUGAAUGUGGGUACAGGCCCUUUCAAAUGGAGGAUAUAGGUAGGAAGUGUCCUGCUGUACCAGCGUUCAACAUAAUAUGUGGAUAACUGUACCUGUGUGCAUUGUACACAGAUUGUACGAGUGUUGAAUGUAAUGUGCAGACAGGACAACUGUUCUCCAGGGUUGAGUGGCUAUGCCCUUUUUGGUUUGGACUCCCCUCAGAGGGGAAGGAAGUCUAGUUUGUUGGAGAUGGAAUGUUCUGAGACCUAUGUCUUAGAUUGUACCCAGUUUCUGGUAGAGGCUGCAGUCAAGCAUACUGAAAGAUAGGGACUGGGAGUCAGGACUCCUGGGUUCUGUCCUCAGAUCUGGAAGGAAAUGAGAAGAAAAUGACAGGCAGGGGUCCCAAGUAGUGCUUGGAGAGGAAGAAUGCACCACUAGUGAUCCCCAUGUCCAGAGGUGGUGUAGUGGUGCAAUCUGCAUUGUGGAUUCUGUGGUCUAUAGACAAAUGGUUUCCUUUAUAGAGUUUGCUAUCAAGCAGCAACUUGCCUCUGUGCCUGUGAUUCCCCAGUUGUGAUGACCAUUGUGGCUGGGGAUGAUGGGAGUUGUAGUCCAACACCUGGGAACCCAAGGUUGAGCACCCCUGCUUUAAUGUUAUGAGCUCUCUUUUCCGUGGUUUGGGAGUGGCUUUGGUACGUCUUUCUGUCCCCAGUCCAGCUCCGGUAAGAUGAAGCUUGGGUACCUUUCGGGCAUAACACUUCCGUAGUACCUGACUGAAGAAUGUAUUGAGGCAGUGUGUCUUAUGACACCAUAGCCAGCCAUCCAAGUGGAUGCGAAUGUUAAAGGAGGCAGGUGCCGACAGAUCUGCAUCUGUAAUCCUGGCCAAAGUGGACGGCUUUGACACAUCCAGAGAACCCGUCUGAAAAACUGCUCCUUGCUAGUGCUGCUUUUUGGUCAGAUGUCCUCGUGGCUUUUUGCGGCUUCUUCAUAAUGUAUCAGGCGUUCUGAGGAGCGCCAGUUGCUUGAACAAUGUAACCAAACGCCUCUUGGGAGUUGUACAGACCCCAAUCGCUCAUGGACGUGACUGCAUACAGGACACCAUAGUUUAGAGCAAUCAUCUUCAGACUCAAAUGAAGGCUGUGGGUGCCCCUUCCACCAGCUGGGUCUUUUCUCCUGGGGCAGGACACCCAGCAAUCUGGGUGGCAUUGCCCACUUAUCCAGCUGAGCUGUGGGGAGAGUGCUCUGCAGAGCCCCCCCCCAGAUAUUUAGCUUCCUGGGGGCAGGGGUGUUGUGUUGCCAUGCGGAUGUUCUCCCUCCAUCACUGAAAUGUAUGGGGCCACCUUGUGAUUCGGCCAGCAGUACGAAGCCUGCCCUACCCUACCAGUUUCGCACAAAUCAGAAGAUGGUUUCAGAACUGGGUGCAGGGAAGCCCAAGGUGUUCGAUCUGAGAAGUAUUUCAGAGUGGCACGUCCGAAGCUUGCUGGGUUGGAGCAGCCACAGAUCUAUGCUGCUAUAUUGGGAUGCUUCAAAGUUCGGCUGCCACCUUUUCCCCUGGCAAGGCUUCAGGGCCCUUCUGAGUAGCAUUAACCAAACCGAUGGGGAAUGAUGGUUUGUGCCACCUGGGGCUGAGGGGUGGCAGCAGGAAAUGCGGGGUGAGGAUAUGGACUGAAGCUGGAGAAUGAAAUCAAUCAUGCCCUCCCACUUUUGCGAGAGGGGGAAAUAAGCGUCCGUUGCAAAAGAGAAACACGGGAUUACGAGGAAAGGCGUAUUCCAUGGCUGCUCUUGGGCCCUUUGCCCCUUGAGGUUCAGGCAUCAGCAUCUCCUGAAGGCAAUAGGCCAUCUGCUUCAAAUGCGACCAUAUCGAAAUUGCAAAUGCACACACAAAAGCAUGCAUGCCAGUUGUCAUGUGUGACGGACACCCAGGCACGGAGGCAGCAUGUGCCCGGCAUUAGGAGGUCAUGAUGGCCCGUUGACGGGUUGCCUCAAGGAAAUACACACUAGAGGCAAGAGUCUUGGCACAAGGUCUUGCGCGGAAAUGAUUUGUGCGCGGGAGUUUUGUAAUGUUUGGACUGGCCCUCAGACAUUCGCAGUAGAGAAAGUGCUUCGUAGCUUGGGAGUAUGCUAAUGCUUAUGUAAGCAAUAAACCUUAAUCUCCGCCCCCACCUUGCACACCUAUUGUUUUAUAAGCAAUAUUUUUGAUUUUUGGUUUUACAUUGUAAUAUUUUUGGUCUAUAAAGGGUAUUCUCCAUCCUGA